AUGAAUAAUCUAGUUGGACAAAUACCACAAUCUACUCAAUUUUCCACAUUUGAGAAUGAUUCAUACGUCGGAAACUUGGGAUUGUGUGGAGUUCCGUUGACGAGAAAAUGCAACAAGGAGAAUGGACAUCGAAUGCAGCCAGAAGAAGAAGAUGGCGAAGAUGAUGAGUAUGGAUUUAUAGAUGGAUUUGGAUGGAGAAGUGUGGUGAUGGGAUAUGGAAGUGGAUUCAUAGUUGGGAUUGGAAUUGGUUACAUCAUUAUUAGAAAUGGAAGGCCAAGAUGGUACCAGCAGGUAGAAGAAGAAAUUGGAGCUGAAGACAGAAGAUCUGGAAAGGAAGAGUGA